AUAUAGAUGCAUCUAGCCCAGCAUAGAAGUUGAAACCCUAAAAUGACAAUAAUCAGAACUGUGUGGAAGUCAUGCCAAACCAAGCCAGAAAUCUCUUCAGUCAUGAACUUCCUGAAUGCUGUCCUUUCUUUGAUGUUUGCCUUUUUGGCUGGGCUUAUCCUGGUGUUCUGCAUAACCAUCAUGGCUUGCACCCUUCUUUUCAGCACAAGAAUAACAAUCACAAUGGGCAAAGCUAAGAUGGUUACAACAUUUGAGCAAGAGGUACCAGAUAAAGAAUUUAUGAGACCCAUCAUCCCAUCAGAAUCAACACGUCUAAUCAUUGAAUUUGAUGAAGCUGAGCUUUUAGCCAAACUAGCCAAAGAAAUUGUUCCCAGAUAUGGCAUGAUGAUGCAGCUUGCUGUGAAGAACCAAACUUGGACAAUCGUCUCAUUGAAAGUGCAUCCUUCUGACAGCACAUGGAAUGCUGAUCUCUACCUUAAGAAAGACCCACAGGAGGUCAACUACCCAGAUGAGCAAAGAUAUGUAUUCAACUGCAAGCAACUGAGUAAGGACUGCAGUUUAACAAUCCAUGAGGCUCACAAGGAACCAAUAGUUCAAAACCUACAACUCGGUGAUGUUAUCAGAGCUCUCUUGCAGGCUUUCCACAAUCCAUCUCCAGUCCUCACCAAAGAAGAAGCCACUGAGGCUCAUGAGGAUAAUGUCAAGACUGAAGAAGCAGAAAUCUAUCAGAGCAGUGAAGAGUAAUCCUAUAUCCAUCACUACCUGGGAGACAGGCACAAUCUGCCCUCGGGUCAUACAGUUUAUCAAAUGAAUACAUUCUGUAUGUAACAUUUUUGGGCAUGCAUAAACAAUUUGGCUGAUGAAAAAGUCUAAACAUU